CACAGCUGAAUACGGACGUGUUGUGACGUAACGCGUUGACGUUGAGUCGCCUUCUGAGUAUUGAAAGUUUUCGACUUUGGUCUGUCCGAGUGCGCCCAAGGGCUGACAACAACACAAACUGUACACAACAAGAAGAAGAGGAAGAAGAGCAGAAUAGUAUAUAAAAUAAAUUCAUAUAAGAAUAUAAUACGAGUGUGAAAAGUGCAUGUAAAAAUAUGGCCAGCGAAUUAAUGUAGACGCAUCGGUUGUGCUUACCUUGAAAACCGAUGCCAUUUCCGAUGCGCUGCGAUACGAUUCGAUGCGUCUAUAUCUCGUAAAACACCAACACUCUGCUUAUUAGAGCCCCACAAAAUGCUGCCAAUCUUCGCCUGAGCCAGUCGCAGUUCGAAUCAAAGGCCAAUUUAGCCCAAAUCCUAGAAAUAAACUGUGAUCAUAGCCUAAACACGCAACAAUAACACCUACAGAAACAAACACAACAACAACGACCAGCAACCAGCAUAAAAUAAAACAACGCCACACACACAAAGACAUGAAGGAGAGCUGCCACCAACUUAGACUGAGACACAGCAAGAAGCAGUCGGAUGCAAAGCGAACAGCGUGCCAGAGCCAGAGUCAGCUAGAGACACUCACUGCUGCCCAAUUGCUGAAUUUAUAGAUCUCCAGAUAUCAGAGUAAAUUGAAAUCAAUUGCGCACAAACAGCAGCAGCAACAACAAGAGCAGCAGCAGCAGUAGCCAAACGAAACGGGCACUAGGUAGCCAACUUAGAGAAAGGACUGUGGAAAAGGACAACGGCAGAACGACGGAGGUGGCUGUAAUGACAACAAUCGACGCGAUGUAGCGCAGACUUAUGGUCGGUGAACGCGACAGAGACCGUGAGGCGGUACGCUGGGCAACGGGUGAAACAACACCGCUUCAAAACAAUAAUGGAGUGUUACAAAUGGUCGGGCAAUUGCAUGGUGGACAGGCUGCUAGCCAACAACAGCAACAGCAACAGCAACAACAAAGUCAGCAACAACAACAGUCAAAGCAACAGCAACAGAAACUUCAACAACAGAAACAGCAACAGCAACAGCAACAUCAGGAGCUGUUUUAUCAGCAACACGAGACAGCUGCGCGUGGAUUGCAACUUGCGGGAACAGCCGACGGCGGCGAUAAUCAGCCCUAUUACGAUACAAGCGGUAAUGUCGAUUGGGAAAGAGCGAUGGGAACCGGUGGAGCUAGUUCAUAUGGUUGCGUCGGUGGAACUGUCCCAGCAGCUGGCAGCGGUGCUUAUAACAGUGGGUCAACUGCUGCCGGCGGCGCUGUUGUCGUCAACAAUCGCCACAUGGAUUAUGCUGAUGGCAUCGGCAUUACUGGCCCAUCCGCCGCAACAGCAGCAACGCACGCAGCAGCUGCUGCUCUCGGCCUGGGAGCUGCUGGUGGAGGCGGGCACGGUACAGCGGGGCAGAUCGCAGGCGGCGGCGGGGCUGGCAGUAGCAGCACCGGGGCCAUUGGCAAGGAAGUUCGUUACGCUCCAUUCCCAGUUACAUCACCAACGCAUUCAAAUCCCACAACUUCCCAGCAGACUCUUGCGCAGCAGCAGCAGCAACAGCAGCAAAUGGCACUCAGUGGUGGGGCAGGCGGCGGAGGUGGUGGUGGUGGAGCCGGCAGCGGCAUUGGUGGUGGCAGCAUUGGUGGCCCCACCAGCAGCAGCCUCGGCGGCGGUGUGGGCGGUGUCGGCGUUGGCGUCGGCGUUGUUAUGCUACCGCCCGGUGCCGGCUCAAAUGCUGGCAUCAGCCAUAGCAAUACAACCGGCGCUCUGCAGCGGACACAUUCCAGAUCCAUGUCCUCCAUACCGCCGCCGGAGCCGUUCAUGAUAGCACAGUCGAAGCAAAUAAACAGCCGCGUCUCCAUCAAUGUGGGCGGUGUUAAGCACGAGGUGCUCUGGCGCACAUUGGAACGACUGCCCCACACGCGGCUGGGCAGGCUAAGGGAGUGCACCACCCAUGAGUCCAUCAUAGAGCUGUGCGAUGAUUACUCGCUGGUUGACAACGAGUACUUCUUUGAUCGUCAUCCGAAGAGCUUCAGCUCCAUUUUGAAUUUCUAUCGUACCGGGAAACUGCACAUUGUGGAUGAAAUGUGCGUGCUUGCGUUUAGUGAUGAUCUGGAGUAUUGGGGCGUUGACGAACUGUAUCUGGAGUCGUGUUGCCAGCACAAGUACCAUCAGCGCAAGGAGAACGUUCACGAGGAGAUGCGCAAAGAGGCCGAGUCAUUGAGACAGCGGGACGAGGAGGAGUUCGGCGAAGGUAAAUGCGCGGAGUACCAAAAGUAUCUCUGGGAGCUGCUAGAAAAGCCCAACACCAGUUUUGCGGCUCGGGUUAUCGCAGUGAUAUCCAUACUAUUCAUAGUCCUGUCUACCAUAGCCCUGACGUUGAACACCCUACCACAACUACAACACAUUGACAAUGGUACACCACAGGAUAAUCCGCAAUUGGCAAUGGUUGAGGCCGUGUGUAUCACGUGGUUUACCCUAGAGUACAUACUUAGGUUUAGCGCCUCACCGGACAAGUGGAAGUUCUUUAAGGGCGGCCUUAACAUAAUCGAUCUAUUGGCAAUACUCCCAUACUUUGUUUCGUUAUUUUUAUUGGAAACGAAUAAGAAUGCAACGGACCAGUUCCAGGAUGUGCGCCGGGUGGUGCAAGUAUUCCGCAUCAUGCGCAUCCUGCGAAUCCUUAAGCUGGCCCGUCACUCAACGGGCCUGCAGUCGUUAGGCUUUACGCUGCGUAACUCAUAUAAGGAACUCGGUCUACUAAUGCUGUUCCUGGCCAUGGGCGUUCUCAUAUUUUCUUCGCUGGCAUAUUUUGCCGAAAAGGAUGAAAAGGAUACAAAAUUCGUUUCAAUACCGGAAACAUUUUGGUGGGCGGGUAUUACAAUGACAACUGUUGGCUACGGGGACAUCUAUCCCACAACUGCACUGGGAAAGGUUAUUGGUACUGUGUGUUGCAUAUGCGGUGUUCUGGUAAUCGCUUUGCCUAUUCCCAUCAUCGUUAACAAUUUUGCUGAAUUUUAUAAGAAUCAGAUGCGGCGCGAGAAGGCCCUCAAACGUCGCGAGGCACUUGACCGUGCCAAGCGCGAGGGCAGCAUUGUCUCCUUCCAUCAUAUCAAUCUUAAAGAUGCGUUCGCCAAAUCAAUGGAUCUCAUCGAUGUGAUUGUCGACACAGGCAAGCAAACAAAUGUUGUGCAUCCGAAAGGUAAAAGACAAAGCACUCCCAAUAUAGGCAGGCAAACCCUUGACGUGCAAAGCGCUCCAGAAAAGCGCGAAAGUCACACAAGAUCGCUAAAAAAUUGGCACCGUUUAACCCACGCGCUACGCCGAUCGCCCACAGGACACAAUCUCUCCCAAGCGGAUGUUGAUGGCAAUAGCACAGAGGGCGAGUCGACCAGCGGUCGCAAUCCGGCUACCACAGGCGCUGGCUGCUACAAGAACUACGACCACGUGGCCCAUCUGCGAAACUCGAAUAUGCAUCGCCGCGGUUCCAGCUCUGAGCAGGAUGCUGUACCGCCCUACAGCUUCGACAAUCCAAAUGCCAGGCAGACCUCAAUGAUGGCCAUGGAAAGCUACAGGCGCGAGCAGCAAGCACUACUCCUAUCCCAGCAGCAGCAACAGAAGCUAUCUCCAGCUGCACAGCUGCCUGCUGGCGGGGUUGCCAAUAAUUUGGCCAUGGUAGCGGCCUCGAGUGCAGCGACGGCUGUCGCUACCUCCAGCAGUGCCGGCCAGGAGAACGGAGAAGAGGAAGGAGCAGCUGCCUCAACGCAAGCGGAGGAUGCAAUGACCAUAGCGUCAAACCAGAAGGGAUUGCCCAUACAGAUGAUGAUAACGCCCGGGAUUUUACGGGGACGCAGUAAGGAGGAAGUUGCCGAGCUGCGCCGCCAGGUGGCGCUCGAGAACCUGCAAAACCAGCGAAUGGACAAUCUGGAGCAGGAUGUGCCAGUGGAAUUCGAAUGCUGCUUCUGCACAACCAAGGACUUUAAGGAAUACACUGAUGCGGAGGGCGUCAUCUCGCUUCCAACUUCCGACUUCCACAAGCCCAUUUGCCAGGAGAUGCGCCAAGCCGCAGCCAAUCGUCAGGCCAAUCAGUUCGGCUUGCUAGCGACUGUUGCUGCUCCACAGUCUCUAGUGCCAGUGUAUACUAGCGCCAGCAUGAUACCCAUCAUUUCACAGUCAUCGUCGACGUCGUCUUCGUAUGGCACGACCACGUCCACGACCAUUGCUUUGCCGCUGGAUGGAACGCAGCGCUAUGGAGCGCCCAUUGCCAGCAAUUUCAAUCACAACUACAAUAACAACUUCAACACGACGACUGUGGGCGCUGGUGGCGUAGCCAAUGGCUUGCUGCUGUUUGGCAAUGGCAACUAUGGGGCCAGCGGCAGCAACAGCAACAACAACAACAACAACAAUGCUGAUUUGGCCAGCGUGGACAGCUCGGACACAUACGCCAGUUGCCAGACACAUCCAUUCCUCUCGCAAGGUGAUCUCACAGCCGACUUCAAUGACGAGGCUUGUGCCUUGGACAUUGAUAUGGACAAUCUGUACAUAAAUCCGCUGGAAAAGGAGUCUUGCCGGGGCACACACAUCAGCAGCUCAACGGGCUUCAUUGUGGGCCUGCCGCCCACUAUCUCCUCCUCCGGUCUGUCCAUGCGUGCCCAGGUGAAGAAGAGCGCAUCGGGCGACACGGCACUGCGGAACUUGGCCGCGGGUGGCAUCAGUCCUCUGGACGAUGUCUACCAAAACUUCGAUGUCCAGGAGCGUGGCAGCCGUGUCAGCUUGAACGAGAACUCAGUGCCAAAGCAUCGCAAGACGCGUUUCCAGCAGAGCUUCACGGCAAUGCGGCCCAGCCCGCAACCCAGCAGCAAGCCACGUGCACGCUUUGAGGACACUAAGCUGUAUGAUGAUAACGUGCGCUUGGACGGAGGAGGCGUCUCUGGUCCAUCGUCGUCCAGUGGCAGCUCCGUCGCUGGUGCUGCUGGCAGCAAGAAGAAGCGUUCGGCAUUCAUGCCGGGCAAGAGCCUAGCCACUGCCACCAAACUGAUCAAUCAGCGUUUGUUCGGCAUACAAAAUGCGGGCGCCAAAGCCAAAUUUGAGAGCAAGCAUUCUUCAUCGAUAGACUCGAUUGACGCGUCGCCGAACCUGGAGCACCACAGGCGCUCCAAGUCGAUAUUGAAAAACAAGUCUGAUAUCUCACGCGUGCUGUCCGAUCCUGAGAGUGAGCGUCUAUUGGCGGACAAUAUGUCAGGGUCGGGCGUGUCCGAUAAUGGCACCGUCAUGGGCGAAUCUGGCAGCGAUUACUCACCGAAUAAAUUACCUCAUUCAGUUUUAGCUAAGUCUAUAUCCCCACCACCCCUUAGGCAUCGCAGCCUAAUGCACCAACGGUCAGGACCAGCGACGUUGCAAUCGAAGCCAACUAAGUUCCAAACGCCCCGAUAUCCCGAAGAGCAGGCUCUGCGGCAAGUCAAGCCCGUGCUCGCACGCUCGUCGACCGCUGCGCCGGGCUCCAUCGAUGGGCGCUACGAUUCGAGUCAGACGAGGGACAGCAGUCUGGAUUCCGAGACGACUUUCAUAUCACCCGCUAGGCAGCCACAAGAGCAGGAUGUGCCGCAGGAGAAAGUCGAAGGCGUUGGAGAGCCGCAAGCGGAUAUGGAAGGAGAGGGCGAGGGUGAAAGCGAGGCGAACGAUGAGCAGCGAGCGCUUCUGCAGCCACAAAAUGCAGAUGCGCCGGCCAAGAGUGAAGGAGGCGAAGGCAGUGGUGGGGCUACGUAGCAAUUAGUCAACACUCACACGAAAAGCGCUUAGUAGUUAUUGUAUUAUAUAAACCAAAAACAAAAACCUAUGGAAAAUCCAACACAAAAACCAAAAUACAAAGAAAAAACUCAAAGUGAUAGCAAAGUUAGCGAAAAUGGAAUGUGAAUUAUAUAAAAGCAAUGAACAGUAUCCUAGUCUAAUUUGAAUUGCAGAGAUGAAUGGCGUUGAAAUUGAAUAUUUUUACAAACUCAAGCUGAAACUAAAUCUUUAACUAUGUAUGAGAAUCCGUUAAUACGCUAAAUACCGUAAAAUACUGCAAAAAUACUCAACAAAAAUGCAUAAGAAACCCACAAACCUGCAAAUUGUUGCGAUGCCGCGCAUGCCGUACAAAAUUUAAUAAAUACUUAACUAUCUUAUUAACUAACAAAGAAAGCCCUAAUAAUUAAAGCCUACAGCAAACAUACCAAAAAGAUACUAAACCAAAAUACAUUUUACAUGUAUUGUAAAUAGACCCUAAGCUAAACUAAUUUAUUGUAAAGGCAACAUUUAUUUACAGCUUACAGCUUAUAUAAUAUAUUGACGAAAUCACCAGAAAAGCCUAAAAUAUACCGUCGAGUAAAGUAUAAAAGAAACCUAAAACAGAGAGCAUAUUUCAUAUUUUAAA